AUGGAUGGAUAUAUUAUCAGCGUCAAAGGUAGUGCUGUUUUAGGCAUGAGAAGCUAUACUAAAAACAAGUUUUAGAGGAAGAAAAAUAUAGUUUCUUAAGGAGUCCACUAUAAUACUCAAUAUAAUAAAGUGAAAUUUUAUUUAUUAAACUCCAAAGAGGAAGUUAGAUGGAGCAUACGUAUAUUGAUUACUAGCACUGUUGCUGUUUUCAGAGUAGAGUCUAAGUGCUAUUAUAAAAUUUGA